CAACUAGUGACAUAGGACCAUCCGAGUAUAUUUGAUAGCGUUGAUGGCAUGAUAGUCAAAUAUGACGAAUGUAUUAGCAUUCCAAUAAGAAAAGUAGGUAAAAAUAAAAAAUAAAUAGAAAUAGAAAUAGGCGGUAAUCAUCUUUUGAUAAAUUACUACCAUAUGGCCGCUAUUAGAGAAGAGAUAAGCAAUCUACGCAAACGAAUACAGGAACUCGAGCUAAAAUUGGAGAAUAGCGACGAGGAUAUAACGUCAGUGAACGGUCUAGACUUAGGCGAAUAUAGACGCUAUGGAAGACAGAUGGUACUCAAUGGCAUCGGCUUACCUGGUCAGCUAUCAUUGAAGAACGCUUCUGUCUUGAUUAUAGGCGCAGGUGGACUUGGUUGUCCUGCUUCUCAGUAUUUGGCAGCGACCGGCAUUGGACAUAUCACUAUAGUAGAUGGUGAUACCGUCGAGAUAAGCAACUUACAGCGUCAGAUUUUGCAUUCAGACGAUAAAAUUGGCCUGUAUAAAGCUGAUUCAAUAAAAGAGGCAGUAAAGAGAAUUAAUCCAAAUGUCACUGUUUCACCCAUCCUUGAACAAUUUUCUACACUCAACGCUCAGGAUAUCCUGACGAAAGUACAGCCAGAUGUCGUAUUAGACUGCACUGACAACCCGUCCACACGCUAUUUAAUAUCUGACGCCGUUGUAAUUCACAAUCGCACACAUAAACGAGCAAGUCUUGUCAGUGCAGCAGCGACGGGAUUUAACGGUCAGAUAAUCACACUGUGUUACGAAGACGAUGCACCAUGCUACCGUUGUAUUGUACCAAAGUCACCACCGAAGCAGACGGUCACCAGCUGCGACGAUCAGGGCAUUCUAGGCGUAGUCACUGGUGUAUUAGGCACAAUGCAGGCUACAGAGACUAUAAAACUUCUCACAGGACUACAUCCAAAGGAAAGCUCGCUGACUGUAUAUUCAGCUCUCGCGAAAACGCCUUUCAGGACCGUUAAAAUGCGUGCAAGGAAGAAGGAUUGUUUCGCAGAUGGUGAUGAUGUUCCUCUCAAGAGCGUACAGGAUGUCGACUAUGUUACUUUCACAGGAGGUGACUCCUGUGGUGUGGACUUAAGUUUAAGUCACGCGAAUGAGAUUAGUGUUGAGGAUUUCGUUAGGACGCGUAAAGAUGACGAUCUGGUCAUAGAUACACGGCCUAAUGUCGAGUAUGGCAUUUGUCAUCUCGAAGGAUCGACGAAUCUACCAAUUGUAGAUCUACUAUCAAACCCUUCACAGGUUAAAACAGAUAAGGAUAUCUAUGUUUUGUGUAGGCGCGGCAAUGAUUCACAGAUCGCGACAGAUGUCUUGAUGAGGGAAAACAAGAGUGUCAAGAAUGUGAAAGGAGGCUUGGCUAGAUAUAGUGGUAUAAAUAAAGAAUUCCCAUUGUACUAGAUUGUUUU